AUCACAUGACUCAGCGGCAGCAGCAGCCGCGCAAGCCGCUCUGGCUGGGUCCAGUUUAGCAAUCAGCGCCAACUGGAGGGAGGGAGAAGCCAAGCAGGCUCGCUCGCUGACUUGCCGCUGCCGCAGCAGGCGCAAUGAGCGCGCCACGGUGGCAACAACAGCAGCCCCAGCUCCUGGCUCCAGGGUUCGGCGGCUGCUCCUGCUGGUGAAAGUCCCGGCCGCUCGCUCCAUGCCUCUCCUCCAUUGCGGAAGUGUGAUUGCUCCAGGGGCAGCCUCUGACUGAGCCGUCGUCCUGCGCGCCUCUUUGCCCUUCCGCCGCGCGCUGGAUGGUGCUUCUCCCGGCCCCCUCGGCGGUGGUGUGGGCAGCGGCGGGGCAGUAAUAUGCUCACGAGGGUGAAGUCUGCCGUGGCCAAUUUCAUGGGAGGAAUCAUGGCUGGCAGCUCGGGCUCGGAGCACGGCGGCAGCGCCUCGGAUCUGCCCCUGCGCUUUCCCUACGGCCGACCCGAGUUCCUGGGGCUCUCUCAGGACGAGGUCGAGUGCUCCGCAGACCACAUCGCUCGGCCCAUCCUCAUCCUCAACAAGGAGACCAAGCGCCUGCCUUGGACCACGGGAUACGCCGAGGUGAUCAAUGCAGGAAAAAGUACACACAAUGAAGACCAGGCCAGUUGUGAAGUGGUUGCUGUAAAGAAGAAAGCAGGAGUAACAAAUUCUACACCAAACAAAAAUGUUUCUACCAAGCGGAGGUCAUCGUUGCCAAAUGGGGAAGGGUUACAACUAAAAGAGAAUGCUGAAUCAGAUGGCAUCUCUUUCUGCUACUGGUCAUUAUUUGAUGGGCACGCAGGAUCUGGAGCAGCUGUUGUAGCAUCAAAGGUGCUUCAGCAUCACAUUGUGGAGCAACUCCAGGAAAUUGUGGACAUCCUGAAAAACUCUGCUGUCCUUCCCCCAACCUGCCUGGGGGAGGAGCCAGAGAGCAUGAAUUCUAGCAACAGAACUCUAACCAGGGCUGCCUCCUUACGUGGGAGCGUUGGAGCUCCAGGCUCACCUGGCACCCCACCAACUCGUUUCUUUACAGAGAAGAAGGUCUCCCACGAGUGCCUCGUUAUAGGAGCCAUCGAAACAGCAUUCAGGGAAAUGGAUUUACAGAUAGAGCGAGAAAAGACAGUGUACAAUAUAUCUGGAGGCUGCACGGCGCUUAUUGUGGUGUGUUUACUAGGAAAGCUCUAUGUGGCAAAUGCUGGUGAUAGCAGGGCCAUAAUAAUCCGAAAUGGAGAAAUUAUUCCGAUGUCUUCAGAAUUCACUCCAGAAACAGAGCGUCAGCGUCUUCAAUAUCUGGCGUACAUGCAGCCCCAUCUGUUAGGAAACGAGUUUACACACUAUGAGUUUCCAAGGAGGGUUCAGCGUAAGGAAGUUGGAAAAAGAAUGCUUUACAGAGAUUUUAAUAUGACUGGCUGGGCGUACAAAACUAUUGAAGAAGAUGACUUGAAAUUUCCCCUUAUAUAUGGAGAAGGCAAGAAGGCUCGCGUUAUGGCAACUAUUGGGGUUACGAGAGGACUUGGUGACCAUGACCUGAAGGUGCAUGACUCAAACAUCUACAUCAAGCCUUUUUUGUCUUCAUCACCAGAGGUGAGAGUGUAUGAUCUUCUCCAGUAUGGGCAUGGCCCAGAUGAUGUCUUAAUCUUAGCUACAGAUGGACUUUGGGAUGUACUAUUAAAUGAAGAAGUGGCAGAAGCUGUGACUACUUUCCUACCAAACUGUGACCCUGAUGACCCCCACAGGUACACGCUAGCGGCUCAGGAUCUGGUAAUGCGAGCCAGGGGAGUGCUGAAAGACAGAGGCUGGAGAAUAUCCAAUGACAGACUGGGCUCAGGAGACGACAUUUCUGUCUACGUCAUCCCUUUAAUACAUGGGAACAAACUGUCAUAAAAGAAGCACUGAUACUUGUGGGCAAAGUGUGCUUUUUAGUAAGAACCUUUGGAAAAGUCAGGCUGCUAAAAAAUAAUAGCAACUUUGGAUAUGUUCUAUUCUAAACUUGAUUGGAGGGGGAACAUUUCUACCUUAAUUGUAGGGGCUGGAUUGUAUAAGAUUAAAAGUAUCUCAUAAGAGUUGCGGCUUCCCUAUGUUAAUGUCUUUUGGUGCAUAUCAGGGGCAGAACUUCAAUGCUGCUAGCGUAUUAGUGAUUCCUUUUUAAUGUUCCUCCUGGUGAGGACCCUGUUGUGAUCUGAUAAAUUCCUUUCUCUUUUCCAGUUCAAUGUAGCCUGAAAAUGUCACUUGGAUGUGAAGUGGAAACUGGUACCCAGUCCCCACCCAAAUUAACUUUUCUUUAGAACAAAUAGAUGUGUAACAUUAAGGUAAAAAACCCCAAAUCUGACAAGUAUGAGAUGUGAUUUUUUAAAAAAAACCUAAUAUUUUAGUGGAGAACUACUAAAGAAAUCUAUUUAUUAACCUAAAUUCAAGCUUUUCCCCCUCUUGUAUCUUAGAAUUCUUGGAGCUUUGCAAUUAAUUUUAUAUAUAUAAGUGGUAAAGCCAUUUUUUCCUCUGAAAUUCUAAUUUAUAGAUGCUAUUAGCAAAGUUGACUAAGAGGAGAGUGAAAAAUUGUUUGGUUUGGAAAUGUAUCUUUGUGUUCUUUUUUUUCUGUCAGAAUUUUUGUGUUUGUAACUAUGAUGUAGCAGACUGGGAAAAAUCUUACUUUAGAAAGACAUUCCCAGAAGUAAAUAUUUCUUUAGCACCAGACGUUUUCAUUCAUUGAAUGCAUCUGUCUGUUGAACAUAUAUCCUGUUGAAAGGAUCAUUAAAUAUAUAUUAUUCCUUA